AUGUGUCACCAUGCGGGGAUGCUGUUGCCAGGUUGGCUGUCUCGGAAAAGUGGCUGGCGAAGAAUCCUGGAUGUGACAAAGUGUGGGGGAGGAAAGUGUGGGGGAAGGAAAAGAAAGAGGGUGAGAGACAAAUGUGGUAGGGAGAAGUGUGGGGCAGAAAAGAGAAAAAGUGGGAGGGACAAAGACAAAUGUGGGGGAAGAAAGUGUGCGGGAGAAAGGAGAAAGAGUGAGAGAGAGCAGUGUGGGGAGGACAAGUGUGGGGAGGACAAGUGUGGGGAGGACACGCCUGGGGAGGACAAGUGUGGGGAGGACACGCCUGGGGAGGACCCUGUGAUGUUGUACGUACAGGGCGGGGAGCGCCGGCGUCUGUUCUCUGCGGAGAAGCCGUACCAGUGCGAGUUCUGUGGGGCGCGAUUCUCCCAGCGGGGGAACCUCAAGACACACACACGCACGCACACGGGCGAGAAACCCUUCUCCUGCCGCUUCUGUCACAUGCGGUUCGCCGACCAGACGCGCAAGACGAACCACGAGAGGAUUCACACGGGGGAGAAGAGGUUCGUCUGUGACUUCUGCGGGGUUCGCUUCACCGAGAGCGGCCAGCUGAAGCGCCACGUGCGCAUCCACACUGGCGAGCGGCCGUACAGCUGCCAGGUAUGUGGCAAGACAUUUUCCCGCAGCUCCAACCUCAACCUGCACAAGUCGACGCACCGCGCCGAGAAGCCGUACCAGUGUGACGUGUGUCCCGCGCGCUUCACACAGCGCACCAGCGUGCUGCGACACAAGAAGGUCCACACAGGCGAGCGACCCUUCCAGUGCGACAUCUGUCUGGCCAGGUUUUCCCGACGCAGCAACAUGCACACGCACAAACGGACGCACAGGAAGACAAAUUUAUCUGGUGAGGAGGCGCCCCUUCUGUCCGUGUGGUCGGGUGUAGCGGAGGCUGGCCGUGCCAGGGGAGGGCACUCGGGGCCUGUGAAUGUUGCACUAGGUGCCGGGGGUUCACAGACAGCGACUGUGAGUGCCGUGGGAGAUGUAGCAGAGAGAGUUUGGGGUCAAGGUCAGGGCUCGGAAUGCUCAGCCCUCGGCAACCUCUCAGGCCCUGCCAGAGACAUCCCGGACUGUGAGUUCCCAGACCGCGGUAACCACGACGACAACCUCAGUACAGCGGCACAGAAGGAGAACAGCUGCAGCGACUACCACAUCUAUAACAACAACAACAACAACAACAACGGUCAUCGUGAGCACAAGCCCUGCAACCACACCCACGACAUCAACCACACCCUCCUUAGCGACGAUCACCCAGAUCCGAACUACACCCUCCCUUACCCGAGCGUUUACCCUAGCAACUGCACCACACGUCGCGACAGCCGUCACCUCGAGGAUACAGAUGAUGACCACAGUGACACAGCACACCACAGUGACACACCACACCACAGUGACACUCACAAUGACACACCACACCACAGUGACAGACCACACCACAGUGACACUCACAACGCCACACCACGCCACAGUGACACUCACAACGCCACACCACGCCACAGUGACACUCACAACGACACACCACGCCACAGUGACUCACCACAUCACAGUGACACUCAAAACGACACACCACACCACAGUGACACACCACACCACAGUGACACUCACAACGACACACCACACCACAGUAACACACCAUGCCACAGUGACACACACUACGACACACCACAUCACAAUGACACACCACACCACAGUGACAGACCACACCCCAGUGACCCUUACAACGACACACCACACCACAGUGACACACCACACCUCAGUGACACACCACACCUCAGUGACACACCACACCUCAGUGACACACCACAUCACAAUGACACACCACACCUCAGUGACACACCACACCUUGACACUGCACACUACAGUGACACCAAAGACCACAAUGACACACAACAAGACAGUGACAUACCACUCCACAGUGACACAACACAGCACAAUGACACGCGUCGCCCCAUGGACACACCACAACACAGUGACACGCCACCUACCACCAGACACGACGGUACCCACAACAAGGAGGAGAGGAGUCCGGUCAGGGACAACUGCAGUAACCAUGGUAACACAGCGGGUGACAACUACAACCACCACAUUGACAACUACAGCGACAUGACACACUACCACGACCACUGCAACAACCUCCGCCAUAAUAACACAGCAAACAACCACAACCACAACAAACUACCACAUUACACAGCUGACAACCACAACCACAACAAACUACCACAUUACACAGCUGACAACCACAACCACAACAAACUACCACAUUACACAGCUGACAACCACAACCACAACAAACUACCACAUUACACAGCUGACAUCUGCAACAUCAACCACCACAUAGACAACUGCUACAACCACAAAAACAACAACUGCCACAACAACCACCACAACAACAACCACAACAACCACGGGCACCACCCAGAGUACAGCGGCUGUAAGAACCACACGGUGGCGCUGGGCCGCUGGUCUGACGUUGAGGCACGCGCUAGGGCUGGCGACACACUGGCGUCGGGCACAGACGGUUCUAUCUCUAGCGUAACUCUCAGCGAUGUGUCUGCGAGUGCUCAUCACAGACUGGCGUCAGACAAACGUGUCUCUGACACAGAUGUCUACCCCAGCGUGCCUGCUCCAUCUGUCCACAGCUUGGGGUCAGACAAACGUGUCUCUGACACAGAUGUCUACCCCGGCGUGCCAGCUCCAUCUGUCCACAGAGUGACGUCAGAUAAACGUGUGUCUUACACAGAUGUCUACCCCGGCGUGCCUGCAAAAGAGUCCACAAUUACUGCUGGCAAACUCUCUCCCUGUCUCGCGACCAGGGCAGGCCAGCAGGCACGGGGGAGUAUUGUUGCCCAAAUAGUCGGAGACCGUCGGCAGACAAGGGGAGGUAAUUCAAACUGUGUCUCCACACACUGUGGUCUUGUAGAGCCAGGGGCAGGUAAGUCUGUCUCUGUCUCCACAGGCAGGGAUGGCCACAGCUCCAGGGGAAGUAACUCUGACUGUGCGUCCCACUCCAGCGAUCACGCGAAGACAAGGGGGGGUAACUGUUGGCCCACCUCGGUACGCCACAACCCUGGGGAGACACGCGGAACUGACCCACGGUUUAUUGCAACAACUUCGGGACACCGCACGGAGAAGGGGGGUAACUCUAGCCCUACCUUGCCCGUCAAGUGUGGCCAGGAACCCUGUAUUGUCGGCCAGAAGCCACACAGAGAAGUGCAAUCUGGCCAGCGGAAGUGCAGCAAGUCGUACCAGUGCGAGUUCUGCGGUGCUCGCUUCUCCCUCAAGGGCAACCUGAAGACGCACGUGCGCACGCACACCGGGGAGAGACCGUUCCGCUGCCACGACUGCAACGCCAGGUUUUCCGACUACAGCAACCUGGUGAACCACGUGAGGAUCCACUCAGGCGAGCGCCAGUACGUGUGCCACGUGUGUGGGUUACGCUUCGUGGAGAGGAACGCGCUGAAGAAGCACGUGCGCAUCCACACGGGGGAGCGGCCGUACGUGUGUCCCGUGUGUCACAAACGCUUCUCCCAGAGCACGUCGCUCAAAGUCCACUCUGGCAUACACCGGCCCGACAAAGCUUUCCGCUGCGACGUGUGUGGCGCCAGGUUUGCUCAGAGCAGCAGCAUGAAGCGCCACAAGAAGACGCACACGGGCGAGCGACCCUUCCAGUGCACGGUGUGCAUGGCCAGGUUUUCCCGCAGGAGCAAUCUGAACACACACGCCAAACGCCUUCACCCGAGUGGCCCGCCCGCGUGGAGCUGCGACAGCUGUGGCCGACGGUUUGGCUGUGGGCAGGACUUAGAGGAACACAGGGGGCGGGGCUUAUGUCUCUCGUCUCAGCCAAUAGGAGAGGCCGGUGGCAGCGUGUGGGGGGGUGGAGAGUCUGUGAGCUGGCCGGACCAACGGGAGGGGGUGGGGGGGCGGAGGGAGGGGGCAUAUCUAGGUCACAAUGACACACAUCUAGGACACUUUGACACCGCUUUGGUAGAGGACAGCACACGGGUGACACCCAGCGACACACUGCACGAGCGUGUCCCGCACCAGGUGUACACACCAGCACACCGAGGGCAGCACAGUGGCGUGUCGUACACACACAUACCAGCCUCACACCUGCCGCACGGGGCGGUGCACCUACCUCUGUGACACGUGUGUUGUAACAUUACCAUAGCUCCUCAGGUUAUAUUGACAACACGUGUACAAAGGUACAAAUUACGCACAACACACACACAAACAUACUCACACACGCGCGCACACACAGACACACGCACACAGGUUCCCUGUAGUCAUUAUCUUCUCCUGUGCACAUCAAAUUGGUGUGUACAAAAAUUAUGGGAUUGUUUCACUGUUAACCUCUUUGCUCCCAUGAUUGUUGAUUGAAUGUCAUCAGGGAUUGAUUGUUGAUUGAAUGUCAUGAGGGAUUGAUUGUUGAUUGAAUGUCAUCAAAGAUUGAUUGUUGAUUGGGUGUCAUCAAAGAUUAAUUGUUGAUUGAAUGUCAUCAGGGAUUGAUUGUUGAUUGAAUGUCAUGAGGGAUUGAUUGUUGAUUGAAUGUCAUCAAAGAUUGAUUGUUGAUUGGGUGUCAUCAAAGAUUAAUUGUUGAUUGAAUGUCAUCAGGGAUUGAUUGUUGAUUGAAUGUCAUUAAAGAUUGAUUGUUGAUUGGAUGUCAUCGAAGAUUGAUUGUUGAUUGGAUGUCAUCAAAGAUUGAUUGUUGAUUGGAUGUCAUCAAAGUUUGAUUGAUGAUUGGAUGUCAUCAAAGAUUGAUUGUUGAUUGGAUGUCAUCAAAGAUUGAUUGUUGAUUGGAUGUCAUCAUUUCUACUCAGGGUUGAAUGUUGUACUUGCACAUUACUACGGCUGUAUUGUGUCGUGUACGUGUUGUACAUUACGACAGCUGUAUGUGUGUAUAUAUAUAUACUCCAUACACAUAUAUAUAUUGUACUGUACAGAAACGUAUUACUCGGGCGCUCCAGAAAGUCGUAUGAAAAUGGUCCCAAGUAAAACAGUACAAGCUCUCUGACUAUCUGACCAUUAGUGGUAACGGUAGCCAGACUUG